UACCCUUCAGCAGACCGCUAUGACGUCGGCUCUCGUCGCCCCGCGUCUGUCGGCAGAAGUCUGUCGAUGCCGGCGACGACGACGUUCGUCGCAAAACAAGAUGGCCGCCAUGGUCAACGUCACGCCGACGACGGACACCAUUCGAUCGCCGACGCCGAGCUGGAGGUGAUGGCGCCUAUGUGGCGCCACCUGCCGUUUUCCGGCUACUCGUGGGGUCACUCCGGGUCGCCGUCGUCGCCGUCGUCGGCAGCGCAGCGGCGACGCGUCGUCGAUAAGAACGGCGUCGUCAACGUGACGGCGUGUCGCGUCGAGCGGCGCGGCAGUCGCUUUAUGGCCGACUUCUUCACGACGCUCCUUGACGUCAGGUGGCGCUGGACUAUCGCCGUCUUCGUCGCCGGCUUUCUGCUCAGCUGGCUCUUCUUCGCCGGGAUCUGGUACGCGAUCUCUUACGCCCACGGCGACUUCUCCUCCUCCUCCUCCUCUUCUUCCGCCGACGACGACGGGGACGGGAGCGCCGCCUGGCGGCCGUGCCUCGUCGAGCAGACGUCGUUCGCGUCGUCGUUCCUCUUCUCGCUCGAGACGCAGCACACGAUCGGCUACGGCUCGAGAUCGAUCACCGAGGAGUGCCCCGAGGCGAUCUUCACGCUCGUCGUGCAGUCGAUCGUCGGCGUGCUCAUCCAGUGCUUCGUCGUCGGCAUGGUGUUCGCGAAGAUCUCGCGACCGAACAAGCGCGCGCAGACGAUCGUCUUCAGCAAGCUGGCCGUCGUCUGCGCGCGCGACGGCGCCCUCUGUCUGCAGUUUCGCGUCGGCGACAUGCGUCGCUCGCAGAUCAUCAGCGCUCACGUGCGCGCGCUGCUCUAUCGGACGGUGACGACGCGAGAGGGAGACGUCCUGCCGCUGCAUCGCUUCGACCUGGACGUCGGCGUCGACGACGGAGGCAGCGGCAUCUUCAUGAUGUGGCCCGUCGUCGUGACGCACCGCAUCGACGUGGCGUCACCGUUCUACGCGUGGUCGGCAGACGACUUUGCGACGCAAGACUACGAAGUCGUCGUCGUGCUGGAGGGCGUCGCCGAGUCGACGGGCGGGACGACGCAGGCACGCACGUCGUACGUCAACGACGAGGUCGUCUGGGCGCGGCAGUUCCGUCGGCUGGCGACGUACCAACGCGACCUGAACGUCUACCGCCUUGACUUCGCUUUCUUCGAUGACGUCACGCCCGUCGACGUCGAACGCGUCAGCGCCAGAGAGCGCGACGAGCGUGCCCGGCAGCACCCGCUAGGUGGCGUUGACGGCGGUCGAGUGUUGCCGACGUAUACCACGCGAGAGUCGGUCGGCGACGACGACGACGAGACGGACGACAGCGACAUCUCACAGCUGACGGCGGUGGCGACGCGCCCACCGAUGCUCGUCUGUCACUUAUAGGUGGACGAGAGAUUGAGACU